AUGGCAGCCGCAGAAAGUCGCGUGCCUCUAAAAGCCGAAAAGGCAAGCAGAAGAGAAUCGAGGUUAGGUCUAAGGAGUUUAUUCAGUCGAUCCAAGGCACCCAAGGAGCUGGGAAUUCCUGAGACGCCCACAUCUCAGGGCACAUCUUUUGGCAGUCGCAUAUCUCUCGCUGACUCAAAUCCUUAUUUCUCGUCCCAAGUUGACGUUACGCCCAACGAAACACCCUCGUCUCCUCUCAGCCCGCGUAUCUUUUCCUCGAUGUUCGAGAGUCAGCAAAGCCCAUCUGCUCCUUUACGAUCAGCUGGCGCAGUAAAAGUUCAAAGCCCAGCCAAGGCGACUCGAGGGCCACUCUCAACCUGGCACCCUCCUCCUCUAUUCAAGGCAUUCCCUCAAGCUACUAAGCACAUAACACUGCCAGCCACGUCUUUAGCACCCGAGGUUAUCCUACGUAUGCAUGAACGACGAACCAGCACUUCGCGUGACGACACCGCAGAAGCCCUGGACACUGAAGCUGGACCUGCUGAGAAGACCAAGUUCAAGAAGAAGCACCGUCGCAACACAUCUGGACCUGCACCCAAGUUCGAAUGGACAAACAAGAUUUACGUUUUAGUGACAGCCGGAUACCUGCUACAAUAUGCAGCCGAAGGCCCUUUUGAUCGGUUGCCCGAAAGAAUAUUGCAUCUCACCAAAGACUCUGCAGCAUUUGCGAGCGAUGUUAUCCCUGGCCGCCAUUGGGUAGUCCAAGUCUCUUCAGCUGCCGAAUCCGAUGGAGCACCAGCAUCCGACUCGCGGUCACUUUUCUCCCGCUGGAACUUCCGGGCCACUGAGCGGCGUCAUGCCUCGAGUCUGCUCAUGGUAUUUGAGUCUGCUGAAGAUAUGGAAGGCUGGAUUGCAGCGUUGCGCCGCACAAUUGAGGUUUUAGGAGGAAAGAAAACGCUCACCGAGACAGGCAAGCCCAAGGCAGAGGACGAAGUCGGACCCCUAAGGGAGAAACCCAGCCAAAGGACCCUGGUAGUGAGAGACCCAAACCGUUUAUCGCGAAUAGCAACACAAAACUCCCAGACUGCUCAAAGUCCUGAAAGCAUCCAAAGUCCCCAACUGUUACCAUUGCAAGGCAGGCCAGAUGUCAAUCGUUCGGUCACCAAUAUCGUUGAGCACGAGCCUGCAGUUGAUCAACCAUCGGAUGACAUUUCCACGACCAACAGCUUCGUAUCUCAUGAUGGCAGGCAGUUGGAAAGCUUACGCGAGAACUCGAAUCGCUUGUCUUUCAUAUCAUCUGGUCAACGAACAGUAGUAACAUCGGCUGGAUCCUCUCCAGAAUCAUCACCAAUUGUCGAUACUUUCCCAGUGCCCGGAGAGAACAAAUUAUCCCUCGAGGAGUCGCACCCUUCACUCGAGCCAAAACCACGACCUAACGCUGCUGCCAUCUUGGAUCGGAGACAGUCUAUGCAAGUUCUCAGUCCUUUUGUGGAACUACAAGGCGGUGCUGUCAACCUACGACCCCAAUCCAGCUAUGGAUCUGGCGCUCAAGACACGAAGACCCCAACACCCAAUUUCAGCGUACCAAACUCGUCGAACCGAAGAUAUUCCUAUGCAAAGAACAUCGCCCAGGAAUUUGGAAUGGCUCCCCAGUCAGGUCCGUUGGAAACUCGGUCAUUGGGCCGUAGAGCACCUCCCACGACUCUACCAAUUGCGAGACCUUUGUCCAUGGUUGCUGAUCAGCCCUCUCCAAUGGACGACAUACACGAACGACCUGUGACACGACAUGGAGAUGAAACACCAUCGACCAUGCCUACAAGUGACGAUUUGGCGUCCUUGCCUCAAAUCCCUACCUCUUACGACAUAAACUCACGGCGACCAAGCCUGGCGCCGAUAGAUGAGCCUGCCGCCGAAACUAGCCGUCCAACGAGCUUGCGCCGACAUUCAGACCUCCGCCAACGUCGUAAAUCCGAAAACCCUGGCGCCUUUCCACGAAACCUGACAAGCUCAUCCCGAACAAGCCUGGAUCAAAAGACACGCUCUCGAACAUCCCUCAUCGGAGCAGACGAGGCAGCUCGCCGCCGCGCUUCUCUUGAUGCCUACAGUGACAGACAGAGUGAUUCUAUGUCAGCCAAGGUUCGGGCUCAGAGGCGAGCAAGCAUGCAAUCUGUGAUGUCCGAUCGGGCAUCUCAGUACAGUGCCUCAGCCGAUCUGCCUCUUCCUAUGGCGCCAGAAUCUCUUCCUCUACCUGCUCCUCCACCUACAGUUCCUCUUCCUCCAAUCCCUUCGUCCGCGAGUAACCCUAGCCUGGUGCCAGAUUCCGGCAGGAAGAGCUUGGUUAUCCGACGAAGCAUGCCUCAGUUGAAUGAGGUCCCUCCCCCAAUGCCUCCUCCAACAUGUGCGCUGCCUCCACUUCCAUCUAAGCUACAACUUAAGGCUUAG